AUGUUUUUGUCAGUGAUCAUUAUUCUAGGAAUAUAUUCUACUUUUGGUACCUGUACUGCCUCGGAUUCAACAGAUGUAUGGGAAAAACUGACUCAGGUUGAAACGAUUCUGAUUGAUAUGGUUGCUCAAAUAGCAGAUGUGAAAGGGCGACUAGACAAUCUUGAAAAAGAAAAGGCAGAAUCCACAACACCAUGUCGUGAUCGUUGGGUAGCAUAUAAAGGGUCUUGUUACUACUUUGGAUCUACUGCUGUUAGCUUCAGCGAGGCUCAGGAUAUAUGUACAUCUCUUGGGGCUCAUUUAGUUCAUGUUGACAACUACAAGGAAAACAUGUUUCUUAAGGGCUUCAUGCAUAGUCACAGCAAAAAUGAUUACUGGGUUGGUUUGACAGAUGCCGCGAAAGAAGGUUUAUGGAAGCUUACGGGAAAGAACACAAUAGCUCCUUUCUUGGACUGGGGAAGCGCAGAACCGAGCGGUGGGACUAUUGAAAAUUGUGUGAUGUUUGCAAUUGGACAUCAGUACAGUUGGGGGGAUGUCUCUUGCUCACGAAGAAUCCGGUAUUUAUGUGAGAGAACCUGAGAAAUAGAAGUGCUGUUGUCAUUUGGAACGCUUUGGCCUAUAUGAUUCUCAAACUUAACAUUGCUUCAGCCGUAAUUUGCUCCGCACAGGAGUACUCUUGUUUAUCCACAAAAGUAUAUUUCUGAAGCAGCUUUGUUUGUUAAUGUUCUUCAAGUUAUGUUAAACUCAAGUUUUAUAGAGUACGGAUAUACUAAUAUUAUGUAGCAUCUUACAAUAAUUUCUAUACUUAAAAUUUACAGCUUUGAAUAAAUAGU